GCCCACUAGCCACUCCUUCAAACGUGUCUUACCAACUCUCUUCUAGAAACAAAUUUAGGCUUCACCUUCCUCCUCCAACCUCUCCCUCUCUCUCUCUCUCUCUUUCUCAAACCAUCUCUCCAUAAAACCCUAAUUAUAUUUCAUAUCAUCACAAGGAUCAGAAGAAGAGGAAGAUGGGGAGGUCUCCUUGCUGCGAGAAGGACCACACGAACAAAGGAGCUUGGACGAAGGAAGAAGAUGACAAGCUCAUCUCUUACAUCAAAGCUCAUGGUGAAGGUUGUUGGCGUUCUCUUCCUAGAUCCGCCGGUCUUCAACGGUGUGGCAAAAGCUGUCGUCUCCGGUGGAUUAACUAUCUCCGCCCUGAUCUCAAGAGGGGUAAUUUCACCCUCGAUGAAGAUGAUCUCAUCAUCAAACUCCAUAGCCUUCUCGGCAACAAGUGGUCUCUGAUUGCGACGAGGUUACCGGGAAGAACAGAUAACGAGAUUAAGAAUUACUGGAAUACACAUGUUAAGAGGAAGCUAUUAAGAAAAGGGAUUGAUCCUGCGACUCAUCGGCCGAUCAACGAGACUAAAGCUCCUCAAGAUUCCUCUGAAUCUAGUAAAACAGAGGACCCUCUUGUCAAGAUUCUCUCUUUUGGUCCUCAGUUGGAGAAGAAGGAAAGUUUUGAGGAUGAGAGAGCUCAUAAGGGAGUGAUUUGCAAAAAGGAUAGAGUUGAGUACUCGUACUCAGCUUUCGAAGGAAGAUGUCUAGAUUUGAAUCUUGAGCUAAAGAUCAGCCCGCCAUGGCAAGACAAGCUCCAUGAUGAGACGAGCAUGCGGUUCCGGAGAGAGAAGCAUAUGUGCACAUCGUGCCGUUUUGGAUUUGGGAACGACAAGGAGUGUAGCUGUAAUAGUGCGAAAUGUCAAACAGAGGACAGUAGUAGCAGCAGUUAUUCUUCAAGCGACAUUAGUAGUAGCAUUGCCUAUGACUUCUUGGGUCUAAACACCAGGGUUUUGGAUUUUAGCUCUUUGGAAAUGAAAUGAAAUAUAUAAAGAAAAGUUUAAUAGCUCUGAAUUGUGAUAUUAAAAUUUAACAGACUCGUUCAUGGUGCUUACUGCUUACAAUUCA